AUACAUAUGUUUAUGCGGCUAUAACCUCCAUAAAGUAUAUAAUCUAAAGUUUAAUUCAAGAUUCCUAACCUCUCGCUAGUCUGUUGACAGUAUCAUGCGAACAGUGAUAAUUUAUAAAUCAAGAUUUUCUUAUUAGGAGAAGACAUCGAGAGAUGGCAAGCGAGGAAAUAUAUAAUCGAGAGGCCAAUAAGAAACUGCAGCCCAUAUUUAAAAAUCGUUCGUUUCAACAAAAAUUUCGACAGACCAGCACCACUGGAAAGAAACGCACUUGGCGAUCGUUGAAACAAGUCUUGGCUCAAGAACGUUCGUUACCAUGGCCAACGACAAUAAAACAUUACAGUUCCAUCAACGCACCGCCGAGCUUCAAACCUGCAAAAAAAUACUCUGAUAUUUCUGGAUUGCCGGCACGAUACACGGAUCCACAAACUAAAUUGUAUUAUGCCACCGCUGAAGAAUUUGCAACGGUUCGCAGUUUACCGAUGGACAUAACAGCCGGAUAUUUGGCUUUACGUGGAGCGUCUAGUAUCGUUGGUUAAAUAAUCUGAUACUCGACAUAGCUUAGCAGUCGUGACUACAUCUUGAUCUAUAUAUCGUCUGGCAAUGCAAUUCAAUCAUCCAGUGAUCGUUACAAGAGUUUACAAUUUAUAUUUUAAAUAUAUAAACAUCUAUACAUUUCGCAAUAUGUUGCUUUUAACAUCCUAGAGUUUCCUUCUCAUUCACAUUCACGAAGAACAGGGAUACAUCGAUAGGGAUGGAGUGUUAGAUGGAACGAUUCAAUCGAUAAAGAGACAGAGUAAAUAAAGUAUCGAUAUUUUUUUUCAGACAACAUAUUUAUAACAUUUUCACGUGAUGCCAAUUUACUUUGCAGGAUUUUCCAAAAUGAAUAAUUCCAUGGAUAAUUUUGGUUUUCAUUUCUUUUUUGUUCUUAUCUUCUUUGUGUUACUUUACACAGUACAUUAUUAAAAAAGCUUGUCCAUUAUAACUUAGUAUAUGAACUAGAGGU